AAACGCUGCUGGAUCUGACGAGGGCUCGCUGGCUGGCUGCUCGGUUGGCGGUUGAAGUCGUCUUGGUUGUUCAUUCAUUGAGGAAUCGACUACAACUGAGGACCUUUGUUUCUGCCAGAACCUUUGAUCUUCAGGAUUGAGUUUACAGAACCCGCAUCGUUGACUCAAGAUGUCGGACCGCAAGGCUGUUAUCAAGAAUGCCGAUAUGUCGGAAGAAAUGCAACAAGACGCCGUGGACAUUGCUACGCAAGCCCUAGAGAAAUACAAUAUCGAGAAGGACAUCGCGGCCUUCAUCAAGAAGGAGUUCGACAAGAAAUACUCGCCAACUUGGCAUUGCAUUGUCGGCCGCAACUUUGGAAGCUACGUAACCCAUGAAACGAAGCACUUCAUCUACUUCUAUCUCGGCCAGGUGGCCAUCCUCCUGUUCAAGUCAGGUUAAUCCAAAUCCGCCUCCCUGCCUACAUUCGCACUGUCCGAUUCGAGCUCCCACUGAUGGCGAAAACGAAGAGAUAUCAUCCCCGGUCAGCUGUGCCGCAUCAUCUUCCUCGGCUGUUUCCAUCCCGUCAACCAUCGAGGAAUCAAGUUUCUGUUGGCCUUAUUGAUGGGUAUAAAUGAGAGCGGCGGUCACCGCAACCGAACCGAAAUUAAUUGUUCAAUCGACUCCCUGUCAUAAAAGCUUUAUUUUCAUCCGAGAGCGCCGCCGGCUCGAGUGACGACCGGAGCAGUGGUUGCCGCGCGGGUUACCAAGUUUUAUGUACAUAAUGAGUAUUACUGUCAUCAUGAGAAAUGUAAUGCUGCUGAAUCUCCUCAAACAAGCUUUUCCCCGAUCAGUGUUCGCAGUCAAUUGUAUGACCCACGUUAGGAUGCCAAUAAUCAUCUCUGAGACGU